AUGUCUUCUUCUACAAUGGAAAUUGAUAAACCUUUGAAACGUUCAGGUGGAAUUUCUAUGGAUGAAUUGGGUGAUGAAUCAAUGAAUUAUGAAUUAUCCGAGUCGUCAAAAAAAGCUCGUGACGAGCAUCAGGCAAUAUUAGAUGAAUUUGAAAGACAAAAACGAGCAAGAACAUUAGCGGUGCCUACUGAUGAUGGUCGUGUAAGAGCAAAACUUAAAGAACUUGGUGAGCCUCAAUGUUUAUUUGGUGAAGGUCCUGGUGAUAGACGAGAUCGUUUACGAUAUCUAUUAUCUAAAAUGGAAGGAACAAAGGUAAUCACAGAGGGAGAAUCAGAAUCGGAAUCGGAAUCAGAAGAAGAGAAAGAAGAAGAGUUUUUCACACCAGGAUCAAUAGAACUGUUAAAUGCUAGACGUUGGAUAGCACAUUAUUCUUUACCAAAAGCUAAAGAUCGGCUGAAAAGACAAAGGAUUGAAAGUGAAUUACCAAUACCUCAAUUAAAAUCAGUUAGAAAAGAAUUAUUUUCAGGGAUAAAGUCUUAUUCAAAUUUUAGUUCCCAAAUUGGGGAUGACCGACCUAUAUCACAAUGUAAUUUUUCACCAGAUUGUAGUAUGGUAGCCACAGGAUCCUGGUCAGGAUUAUGUAGAAUUUGGAGUGUACCAAAUUGUGACUCAGUAAUAACAUUAAAAGUUGGAGGAAUUGCAUGGCAUCCAGAAUCAACACUUUCAAUGGAGAGUAAUUUGGUAAAUUUAGCAUCAGGAGGAGCAGAUGGAUUGAUUCAUUUGUGGUCUUUGGAGAACGAGAAUCCAUUAAAAACACUUCAAGGGCAUACAGCUAGAAUAGCAAGAAUUGACUUUCAUCCCUCUGGGCGGUUUCUUGGAUCAGCAAGACUUUGGGAUGUUGAGACAACAGAGGAGUUAUUGUUACAAGAAGGACAUGCACGAGAAGUCUAUUCAAUUAGAUUUCAAUGUGAUGGAGCAUUAGUAGCAACAGGAGGAUUAGAUUCUAUUGGAAGAGUAUGGGAUUUGAGAACAGGUAGAUCUGCGAUGGUUUUAGAGGGGCACGUAAAAGAUGUUUUGUAUCAACUAGCAACAGGAAGUGCGGAUAACUCUAUUAGAAUUUGGGAUAUUAGAAAGUUGAGAAGUGUAUAUACUAUACCAGCACAUAAGUCACUUGUAUCAGAUGUAAGGUUUUUCCAUGGAUCAUAUUCAUUGAUGAAUGAGGAGUUUAAUAAUGGGGUGAGGCCAACAAUAUCGGGACUGUAUUUGGCAAGUUCAGGGUAUGAUGGACUUGUUAAUAUUUGGUCAUCAGAUGAUUGGACUUUAUUGAAAAGUUUGGCAGGACAUGAUGGCAAGGUUAUGACAGUUGACAUAUCUACAGGUUAG